AUGAUAUGCACAUUUUGUGUUGGGUGUGGGCAGAGAUGGGACGGAGCGCGCUAUCGCAUAAUAUUUUACCUCGAUAAUGAUGGUUCAUUUUCGACCGUUACAAAGUAUGCGGUUGGAAAAUCUCGCGAAUACUUUGAUAGAAAGAGGAAAGAACUAAAACAGGAAAAAAGUAUAUUUUUUAAGAAUGCAUCAAUACCAAACAAUGCAUUGAUAGCCUCUUAUAAAGUUGCUUUUAGAAUCGCGAAAUGUAAGAAACCUCACACAAUUGCAGAAGAGCUUAUCCUACCAGCUGCUUUAGAUAUGGUAAACAUUAUGUUUGGCGAAUCGGAUGGGAAAUUACUUUCAAAAGUGCCGUUGUCUAAUAAUACAAUAAGUCGCCGAAUUCACCAUAUGGCAGAUGAUCUCAAUGAUCAGUUGAUAGAAAAACUUAAAGAAAAGGCAUUUGGGUUGCAGCUGGAUGAGGCUACGGAUAUUAAUAAGGAUGCUCAUUUGAUAUACUACAUAAGGUUCAUAGAUAAUGAUGACAUGGUAGAAGACUUACUCUUUUGUAAAAAUAUUACAGCUGGUGCCAAGGCUCAGGACUUAUUCGAGAUUCUUGAUAAUUUUAUGUCUGAAAAUAGUGUAGAUUGGACUAAGAGUGUUGGUGUCUGUACUGAUGGCGCUCGUUCUAUGUUUGGCUGCUAUGGAGGAUUACAGGCGCUUAUUAAAAACAAAGCUCCUGAUGCACUGUGGACUCAUUGUAUUAUUCAUAGAGAAGCACUUGCAUCAAAACAUCUGAGUCCUGAACUGAACCAAGUCUUAGAAUGUGUAGUGAAUGUGGUCAAUUAUAUAAAAACUCGUCCACUGAAAUCGAGAUUUUUCAAAAAACUGUGUGAAGAUAAUAUGGGAGCUGAACACACAAGUUUGCUGUACUAUAGCAGCGCACGAUGGUUGUCGCGCGGUAAUAUGAUAUUACGUACGUUUGAACUACGAGAGGAAAUUUAUGUAAUUAUUAAAGAAGAAGGACAUAAAUAUGCCAGUGAAUUUUCCAAUAAAGAAGUUUUAAUAAAAUUGGCAUAUCACUGCUCCAUCUGA